AUGACAACCGCCCCCGAACUUGCGGCAACUGCAGGACAGAAGCAGUUGGCUAGGGCACUGCAUUCGGAGGUCGACGAAAAGCACGGCGUCGAAUUUGAUCCGUCAGGAUCGCGGCUACCUUCACCACCACCAUCGCAUCGUUUGACACCACAGGCGGAUGCUCUUGAAGAAGCUACGGUGGCGGCGGCCUCACCGGCUUCGCUAGCCUCUCCUCCCCCGGAGCCCUUGCAGAGAUGGAACGAGUCGAGGACAACAAUUUUACGAUAUUGUUUCACCCUCUAUGCGUUUACGGUCAUGGGCAUGAACGACGGCGCUGUCGGCGCACUGCUUCCUUAUAUUGAAUCGUAUUACGAUGUGUCCUACACAGUCAUAUCAUGUGUUUUCCUGGCCUCUUUCGCAGGAUAUCUCUUUGCAGCCCUGGCCAACAACCACAUCCAUCACCGUUUCGGCCAGUUUGGUGUCGCCAUUCUUGGCUCUUUCGGCCGUCUGGCCGGCUACCUCCCCAUGAUGUUCCACCCGCCAUUCCCUGUUUUACCCGUCAUCAUGAUCUUUCCAGGGCUCGGGAACGGAGUCGAAGACAGCGGCUGGAAUGCGUGGGUCGGUAACAUGGAAAAUGCCAACGAGCUUCUCGGCUUUCUGCACGGCGCCUACGGCCUUGGUGCCACCAUAUCGCCUCUCAUCGCGACCGCCAUGGUAACCAAGGCCAGUCUGCCGUGGUACACGUUCUACUACCUCAUGGUAGGUUUGUCAGGUCUUGGAAUUGCCCUUGGCGCUAUGGCAUUUUGGGGUGCAACGGGCCAAAUUCAUCGCGAAUCCCACAAAUCAACGACAGGACAGCAACGCACUACAACGAGGCGCGUGUUGCGCGAGCCCAUCACCUGGCUCAUGGCCAUAUUCUUACUUGGUUAUGUCGGCGUAGAGGUCAGCUUGGGAGGUUGGAUCACCACCUUUAUGCUCAACGAUCGCCACGCUGAAAAUUUUGCUGCCGGUCUAUCGGUGACGGGCUUUUGGCUCGGCAUCACUGUUGGGCGGCUGGUCCUUGGUUUCGUCACAGGUCGCAUUGGCGAAAAACUGGCUAUCACCGUAUACCUGCUUUCAUCGAUUGGUUUGCAGCUACUCUACUGGCUCGUGCCGUCGUUCAUUGCGUCGGCCAUCUUUGUCAGUUUCCUUGGGGUUUUCCUUGGGCCACUAUUUCCUGCCGCUGUUGUGGCUGCCACCAAACUUUUGCCACACGAUUUCCAUGUUUCGGCAAUUGGUUUCGCCGCUGCAUUUGGAAGCGGCGGUGGCGCUCUCUUCCCAUUCGCAGUCGGUGCCAUCGCACAAAGCAAAGGUGUCGAGGUUCUCCAGCCCAUUGUUGUCGCCAUCCUUGGGUUCAUCCUUAUCACUUGGUGCUUCCUUCCGGGUGGGUACAAGCGAGGUGGACUGGAGAAUGCUAAAGAAAAUCACGAGAGCAUCGGAAAUGAUGUCGUCGUGGCCUACCGGUGGGUGACGAGCAAGCGCACAGCAGUGAAAACCCCACUGUCGCUGCCAACUUCUGUCAAUACGGCCUCGCCAGCUGAGAUGGCAACCAUCAGCUCCUAA